AGCAUUUAUUCAUACAGUCGAGCCUCGUACCCCGUUGACCACGUUUCCACCCCUACAACGUUCACAUUUCAAAGUCCAGAUUUCAUGCAAUUUAUCUUCAAUUUGCCAAUUUUGCUUGCAAAUAACACAUUUAUAACGUAAACUUCCUGACAACGACCAGAUUUUCCCACAAAGUACUGUAGUGAAAAGGCCUUCGCUACGACGUACCGUUGGAAGCUAAUUGCCGUCGGGACCGUGCUUACGAGCAAAAUGUACCGCGUGGCGUUCCCCGCAGUUGCCUAGCAACGCUCACAGAUGGACUCGUACAUUGUUGUACUUCUGGAGGCAAGGCGCACGAGCUCUGACAACACGUCUGGCCAACGGAAGCAAUUUUGCUGUAUGUGAAGGCUGAAAUUGUCCCUCACUUACGAAAGGGAGUCCUGGAAACGGGUUUAAACGAACUACCGUUCAAAACCUGACAGAUCCGUUAUGUCCCUCAGGAAAAUGAGGGUUUCAACCAUCAAACUGCAACAGCUUACCAUAUUCACCACCUUGUUCACAGGGGGAGGGAUUGGCACCAUGUACUACCUGAUGCAGAAGAAAUUUGCAGAGUCGGACUACCACAAAUUGGCUUUGCAGAAGUUGGAAUCGUGUCCGAUCGCCAUGGAGAAUUUGGGCGCCCCACCGUUAAAAAUCCACAACAUUCAUCUGACUGACAGAGAAAAUCGAAUCGACCAGCAAACAGCACAGGUAAAGAUCCCUGUGACUGGGUCAAAGGCCAGUGGCUAUUUAUAUACAUCUUCCAUCAGAGACCCAAUCACCAACAGAUGGAGUGUGAAGCUGGCCGUUUUGAGGCUCAAAGAAGGGCAGACCAUCAACGUCAUGAAUCCUCCAUCAGUGGCAACGGACUGCAGGCUCGAGGAGACGGACUGACGCCAUCCGUUCAUGACCGCUUCAAGGUAGAAUUGCUGGAGACUAGUGUGCGCGGGGCAUUUUAGGAAACUCUGCGAGGCCGAAUUUCACAACAAACUCUGGAUGAUUGCUUUGUUUUUCUUGAUCUUUUCAACUCCAUUUCCUUCCACCAGUCAGUAUUUUCACAUCAAGAUAAAAUGGACAACAUAGAUUUCUAAUUGUCAGUUGAAAUUUUAUUUGAUCUCUGUCAAAAGUUUGAUUUCUAUGUUCGGAAAAGGUAACUACAGAACAGUAUUUCAUCUCUUCUCUGCUCUGCCUGUGUGAAAUUUUGUUUGAGAUGUUGCACACGCAUCGUUUAUCAAGUGAGAAGAUGGAUUUCCUGUAAAUGUCGCACUUUGCUGAAAUGUUUCCUAUGACUGAACAGGACAUUUGUGUUGUAGUUUUCCCCCGUUUACAUGAACCGCCGUCAUCCAGGUGACCUUUGCCUUGCAUUCAAAUUUCAUUUAUUUGGAUAUCCACACCGGGCUAAAAAUAACAGUAGUCAAGUUAGCUAUCGGCCAGCAUUGAGGUUUUUGGCACACAUUUUAUCAUCGCACUCUCAUCUGCAGAUGUACAUGUACGAGCAAUAUGGUAUUCAACUGUCUUUAUUAGGAUUUUUUUUUCUGUUGAGUUCAAAUUGCAAAACUUUUUCUAUCCCCCCCCAAAUAAAUCCUGACUGGUCAACA